UUAUGAUCCUCCUGUAAGCAAAAAUUGGUGGGGCAAGAGUCCUGCAUCACGUGGUAACGAUCACGUGAAAACGAUCACGUGAUAUUUCCUUUCAGCUGAUCACCUGACACGGGAAUUACUUUUGCAUGCCCGAAGGACUGAUUUGUUGAACAAACAUGGGAACGUGGAUGGAAACAGUGGGUGUCCUGUUACUACUGUGUGGCGCUCAGGUUCCAGUCCAAACACGCCGAUGCUCGUCCUUUUUCUGUCGAAAGUCACUUAAUGUCAGCAGCCUCAACGGUGUGGACCCCGGAGUUCCUCUCUUUCUCACUCCUUACCUGGAGAAGGGCGCCAUUGACGAAGCAAGGAAAUUGAGUGUAGUUGGAGAGCUCCCUGGUCAAAACGUGAAGAGUUAUGCUGGCUAUCUCACUGUCAACAAGGAAUACAACAGUAACCUCUUCUUCUGGUUCUUCCCAGCGCUCAGGCCGUCCCCUGCUGGAAAUGCCCCUGUCCUGUUGUGGCUGCAAGGGGGCCCCGGAGGGACAUCCAUGUUCGGCCUCUUUGUGGAACACGGACCCUAUGUGGUUUAUAAGAACAUGACGGUGGACCUGAGGGAUUACGCCUGGACCUUGAAAUAUUCUGUGUUAUACAUUGACAAUCCAGUCGGAACAGGUUUCAGCUUUACUGACGACGACCGCGGUUAUGCUCAGAAUCAGGAUGAUGUUGGCAGAGAUCUGUACAGUGCUUUGGUCCAGUUCUUCCAGCUCUUUCCCGAAUACCAGUCCAAUGACUUCUUUGCCACUGGAGAGUCUUAUGCAGGGAAGUACGUUCCUGCCAUCUCUUAUUACAUCCAUAAAAACAACCCCACUGCCAAGGUCAAAAUCAACUUCAAGGGCAUGGCCAUCGGCGACGGCCUGUGUGACCCCGAAAUGAUGCUGGGUGGCUACGGUGAGUUUUUGUACCAAACAGGCAUGAUCGAUGAAGUUCAGAAACAGUUUGUCAACAAGCAGACCGACCUGGGCGUGGCGCUCAUCCAGCAGCGGAAGUGGGUGGAGGCGUUUAAGGUUUUCGACAGCUUGCUGAAUGGCGACUUGACAGAGUACCCUUCCUUCUUCCAGAAUGCAACAGGCUGCACCAACUACUACAACUACAUGUUAUGUCGGGAACCCGAAGACCAGGAAUACUUUUCCAUGUUUGUGACGCUCCCAGAGGUGCGGCGCGCCAUCCACGUGGGCAACUUGGAAUUCCACGAUGGCUCGCAGGUGGAGAAGCACCUGAUGCAGGACGUGAUGAAGAGCAUCAAGCCCUGGCUGGGUGUGCUCAUGGACCACUACAAAGUGUUGAUCUACAGCGGUCAGUUGGACGUGAUCGUGGCGGCUCCUUUGACCGAGCGGUUCUUGCCCACCGUCAACUGGACCGGAGUGGCCGACUACAAGACGGCGCCGCGCUUUCCCUGGAAGCUUCAGCCCGACGACACGGAGGUGGCCGGUUACGUCAGACAAGUGGGAGAGUUCUACCAGGUCAUUAUCAGAGGAGGUGGACAUAUUUUGCCUUAUGACCAGCCAGCAAGGUCUUUUGAUAUGAUUGACCGGUUUCUGUCGACACGAGGCUGGAUAUGAAG